AUGGGCAUUGCAACACCAAUACAGCUAUUCAAUACUUCAUGGUCCGCCCAUCGUCUUUCGCCGCUACAUCAUAGCAAAGAUCAUCGAGUCUUGAUCGGCAAUCAGGAUGCAUUGAAGACAUACGCGAAACGUCUGCGUGAUGUACUUACAGGCGACUUUUUGCGUAGCAUGCAGGUGACUUUGACCAAAAAUCUUGCUGAUGAUGCGUUUAGUAAAGCUGGGUCAUUGGUUGAUUGUCGAUGGGAGUUCAUCUCGACGAACGAUCACGUCGAUGCCAACGAGGAGGAUGAGGAUGAUGAACCAUCAAUUGAGAUGAGAGACUGCAUGGGGAUAUUUAUCACACUUGACUAUGAAAACAUUGCAUACAGGGCCGCUCUGCUCACUAGUCCUGACGGAUAUUCGCCAGCAUCAACAGACAAAAGAUGGAAACAAUCAACGUGUCUCCCUCUACUGUUGACGCGAAUGCCAACUACACUAAGAAACACUUUUAUCGAGUUCUUGACCACAAAUUUUGACGCAUAUUGCUCGACUCUGCAUUUACCGCCCGAGUAUCUGUGUAUGGUACUGGAGGCGACCAUCACGUACUUGGCAAGAAGUGAAAGUUCAUGGCAGGCAUCAAGUGCGAUUCUUGAACAGGUGCUGAAAGACACGCAGUUGACUCUUUCGUUUGGCCAGUCUAUUGCACCAGCUCUGAAAUCUCUCGAUGUUAGUUUGCCGCGUGAGACUCUGUCGACUUUUGCGCGAGGCCCGCGCAAUGCCAACACGUCGUAUUUUUCAACAUCUUUGUCUCAGUAUAUGGAUCAACAUCUUGCUAUGAAAGUCAAUCUUGGGAACGCUACAGCAGAAGAACUGGGUAAUGGGUCGAGAAGUGCACAACACCUCUGGCUGAGCAAGGUUGCUACAGGAACAUUUGUAUUGACCAGUGAGGGAAGAUUCAAGCUCAUUGACACAUCCAACUCGCAAGAUUAUGCAGAGGAGCAGACGGAAGUGCAGAGGUUGAUUCGGUCAGCGAAUGGGCAGAUUUUAAGGUCAUUGGUACGACGGGCAGUCGGUGAUGAUGUGACGACUCCGAGGAAUUUUCGGGUUACCACUUCGAAAGGGUCGACUGGACUAGAAAAUUCAAGAGGAUGUUCCCUUGCCGGAGCUUCUCGCGAUCCGCACAAUCUAACUCAGCCUGGAGAACCUCAAACCCAACUCCUUUUCGCUGCCACAGGUAACAGAAAUGUUUGGCAGGCCUAUAAGACGCGAAACGCCAUAUGA